GAGAGAGAGAGAGAGAGGGAGGGAGGGAGGGAGGGAGGGAGGGGUAUAACCGUUGUACCGAGGAGGGAUUGAGCCACAGACGCUGCCAGGUCUUCACUCCUGGUCCUCAGCCGGCCUCUGCUACCUCGCUCCACCUCCUGCACCUCGACACCCUGUCCUCCGCCAUGUCUCCCCUACUGAGGAGCCCGCUGGCAGGGUCGGGGCCGGACCUCUGCUACCCCCUGCUGCUCAACACCUCCUGCCGGCUGAGCCUUGGGCCCCGCUUCAGCGCCAGCCUCCUCUACAUCCUGACCUUCUCCCUGGCGCUCCUCACCGUGCUGCUCAACCUGCUGCUCAUCGUCUCCAUCUCCCACUUCCGCCAGCUGCACACGCCCACCAACAUGGUGCUGCUGUCCCUGGCCGGCUCCGACCUGCUCAUCGGCCUGGUGGUGAUGCCCCUGGGGGCGCAGUACUACAUCAGCUCCUGCUGGUUCCUGGGUCCCUGGCUCUGCUCCGCGUUCUACAUGCUGAGCUACGUGCUGACCUCGGCGUCGGUGGCCAGCAUCCUGCUCAUAUCGCUGGACCGCUACCUGGCCGUCUGCCAGCCGCUACGCUACGCCAGCGAGGUGACCAUGGGCCGGGUGCAGCUCGCCGUGGGCCUCUGCUGGUCGUGCGCCGUCGUCUACAACGGCGGCCUCUUGGGUGUGAACAUGCGAGGGCCGCCCAGACGGACGUCGUGCCAAGGGGAAUGUGUGGUGGUGGUGGACGGGUCGUCCGAUUGGUUGGAUUUCCUGGUCACCUUCCUGGCGCCCAUAUCCACCGUGGUGGCGUUGUACCUGCAGGUCUUCGCCGCCGCUCUGUCCCAGGCGCGGAAGAUGAGGUCGUCGUGGGCGGCGGCGGCGGUGGGGGCGGCGGCGGCGGCUCGGCGGUCGGAGUUGAAGGCGGCGCGGAGGCUUGGCGUGGUGGUGGUGGUGUUCCUCCUGUGUUACUUUCCCUCCCUCGGGUUCAUGGGUGAGGACGUGUCGGUGAACUCUGCCGCCUCGUUCUGGAGCACCUUUUUGUUGCAUCUGAACUCCUGCCUGAACCCGCUGUUGUACGCCUUGUUCUACCCGUGGUUCCGGUGGACGAUCAGACUGAUCGUCACCCUGCAGAUACUAAAGCCAAACUCCAGCCGGGCCACCGUGCUGCACUGACAAACUAAGAAUAAGGGGACAUGUCUGUUAUUUUUUAUUUCUCAUUAUAACGGCAUUCUGCGAGGCAUUAUAAUUAUUAUAAUCAGAUGUGCAUAUGUUUUAAAGGAUCAUCAAUUGUUAGAUUUGUAUUGGUUUUACUUUUGUGCAUUGCAUUAAUUACCAAUUAAAAUGUAAGAUUGAAUGUUUAUGUUUAAUUUAGUUGAAAACAUUUGACAUUCGGCCGUUUUAAUACACAAUAUCUUGUGUGGUGAGCAUUGUAUAAGUAUCGGCCAGACUCCGAUGCCACCCUAUUCUAGGAAUACGCUGACAGAUGUUAUUUCAGGAAUGUAUAGGCAUGAAGGUCAUAAUCAUCCUGCCUCUUCCUCUUCCUCCAUAUACCUGUCUCUCCCCUCUGCCUGUCUCACCACCACGGGGCACGGAGCGUUCGGCCGCUCUGGUCCCCGUCUCUGGAAUUCAUUUCCACACCAACUCAGAAACAUCCACUCGUUCCCCCCAUUUCAAAUCACAACUUAAACACGUGUUUAAAACUGCCAUUUUCCAUCUGAUGCCAAUUGCUGUCGCUCUUACUUUUGUUAUUAUCUUUUCUUUAUCUUUUUGUUAUUUCUCUUCAAUGACUUUUGUGUAUCUUUGGGUGUCCUUGAGUGCCGAUAAAAGGCGUCUUCAAAUGAAAUGUUUUAUUAAUAAUUGUAUUAUAAUAGAUAGGCAGAUGUGCAUAUUUAUGACUGUCUACUCUUCUGCGCUGACAGAUAUUAUUUCAUGAAUGUAAUGAAUGUUUUUACUCUUGUGUAUUGCAUUAAUAACAAAUUAAAAUGUAAGAUUGAGUCUUGUGUGGUUCUGUAUGGUAUAAGUAUACCAUAUUCUAGGAUGCACUGAGAGAUAUU